AUGCUCAGGAAAGACUCAGCCGCUGCGGGAUCAGGUGGCGACUCGGACAGCUAUGACCAGGAGCACAAGCGUGUGUCCACGUCCAGCGAGUCUCCUCAGGGGAGCACCGCUGGGAAGGCCAAGACGGCCUCGCCGGUGCAGGAUUACGAUCUAGACGCCGACUCGGACGAGAUUUCUAUUCUGACGUCCGGGGAGUACAGAGUGUGCCGGAACAAGCCACAGACGUAUCUGAACUCCAACGACAUAGAGAAGGUGACGCAGUCCGAUAUAUACCCUCAGAAGCGUUUGUUCUCUUUCUUACACUCCAAAAAGAUACCGGAAGUGCCCCAGCGCGACGAAGAGCGGAAAAUAUACCCUCUAUUCCACGCAAACAUACUGUCAAACAUUUUCCUGUGGUGGGUGAUACCAAUUGUGAAGAUAGGUUACAAGAGAACCAUCCAACCGAAUGACUUGUUUAAAAUGGAUAAACGGAUGUCCAUAGAGGUCAUGUUCAAGGACUUCGAAGAUAACAUGGAUUACUACUUCGAGAAAGCAAGAAAACAAUACAAGGAAAAAAACCCUGACACCACCCCUGAAGAAGUGCUAGAGAAUGCCACUUUAAAGAAAUUCACUGUGCUUAGAGCCUUAUUUUUCACGUUUAAGAAACAAUACUCUUGGGCUGUGCUAUUGGCAAUACUGGCCAACUGUGCAUCUGGUUUCAACCCCAUGCUGACAAAGAGACUGAUCAGGUUCGUGGAAGAAAAAGCCUUCUACCCUCCAUUACAUGUGAAUAAAGGUGUCGGUUACGCCAUCGGUGCUUGUGUAAUGUUACUAUUCAAUGGGAUCCUAUUCAAUCAUUUUUUCCACGCCUCUCAAGUUACUGGUAUCCAGGCGAGAUCAGUGCUGAUCAAAGCUGCUAUGAAAAAAAUGUUCAAAGCUAGUGGGUACGCUAAACAUAAAUUCCCAAAUGGUAAAGUUACCUCUUUUGUUACUACAGAUUUAUCGAGACUAGAAUUUGCCUUGUCAUUCCAACCGUUCUUGGCUGGUUUCCCAGCCAUCUUGGCAAUUUGUAUUGUCCAGUUGAUAGUUAACUUGGGGACUAUCUCUCUUGCAGGUGUAGGUGUAUUUGUUGGUGGUUUCUGUAUUUCCUUAUUUGCAUUCAAAUGGAUUUUGGGGCUAAGAAUCGCAGCCAAUAUUUUCACAGACCAAAGAGUUACAAUGAUGAGAGAAGUCUUAUCAAAUAUGAAGAUGGUUAAAUUUUAUGCAUGGGAAGAUGCUUACGAGAAGAAUAUACAAGAUAUUAGAACUAAGGAGAUCUCGCGAGUCAGAAGGAUGCAGAUGUUAAGAAACUUUCUGAUUGCAAUGGCAAUGUCGUUACCAAAUAUUGCAUCACUAAUUACUUUCCUAUCCAUGUACAAAGUCAACAAUGAGGCAAGAGAAAAUCCAGCAAAGGUUUUCUCCUCCUUGUCAUUAUUUCAAGUCCUAUCCCUACAAAUGUUUUUCUUACCAAUUGCUAUUGCAACAGGUAUUGAUAUGGUUUUAGGUUUAAACAGAUUCCAAGAAUUAUUAGAAGCACCAGAAAGUUCGGACCCAUUUAACCCUGAUAGUUUGAUUAAUCAAAUCCAUAAAAAUGAAAAGCAGCUAGAUGCAGAGAGUGAGAUUGCACUAGCAAUGAAAGAUGCUUCUUUUGAAUGGGAAGACUAUGAAUUAAACGAUGCAGAUGAAGAGAAAAAGAAAGAACAACUAGGCAACAAGAAUAAAAAGGAUACCAAUAAGGAUAAUAAAAAUCAAGUUAUUGUUGAUGCUAUUGGAGAGGAAGAUAAUGAAAGAUCCACUAGCAACGGUGAAGGAACUAAAACUUUUACUAAGUUCUCAAACUUGAAUUUUGAAAUCAAAAAGGGAGAGUUUAUAAUGAUAACAGGUCCAAUAGGUACAGGUAAAUCGUCAUUGUUGAAUGCAAUGGCCGGGUUUAUGCCACAAACAACAGGCGAGUUGGAUAUUAAUGGUCAUAUGUUACUUUGUGGAUACCCAUGGAUUCAAAAUGCCACUGUUAGGGACAAUAUUAUAUUUGGUUCUCCUUAUGACAGAGAGAAGUAUAAGGAAGUUAUAAGGGUGUGCUCUUUGCAGGCCGAUAUAGAUAUUUUACCAGCAGGUGAUAUGACAGAAAUUGGUGAGCGUGGUAUUACUCUUUCUGGUGGUCAAAAGGCGCGUAUCAAUCUUGCUAGAAGUGUCUACAAAAACAAAGAUAUUUAUUUAUUCGACGAUGUUCUCAGUGCUGUUGACUCUAGAGUGGGGAAGCAUAUUAUGGAUGAAUGCUUCCUACAAACCUUACAAAGCAAAACCAGAAUCCUAGCGACACAUCAACUAUCGUUAAUUGAAAAAGCUGAUAGAGUGAUUGUUUUAAGCACUAAUGGUUCUGUUGACAUAGGUACCGUUGAAGAACUAAAAACGAGAAAUCAAACACUUAUAAAUCUACUACAAUUUUCCUCUGAAAAGAAGGAUGAUGAAGAAGAAGUGGAGGGCGACGAAUAUGAGGUUACUGAGGAUCCUUUAAAACUUGAGAUGUCUGAGCUUGAAAAAGAAAUCACCAGAAAGUCAAUGGCAAAAGAAGGUCUAACUAUGACAAAAGAAGAACGUGCUGUAAACAGUAUUGGCUGGAAAGUAUACAAGGAGUACAUUGACUCAGCUGUUGGUAAAUGGGGCAUAAUCAUAAUACCACUAUAUGGUGUAAUGAUUAUGUUUACUACAUUCUGUAAUUUAUUCUCAUCCGUUUGGUUAUCUUACUGGACAGAAAAUAAGUUUAAGAAUAGAUCAACAAGCUUUUACAUGGGUCUCUAUUCGUUCUUUGUUUUUGGUGGUUAUUUAUUUAUGAAUAUACAGUUUACUAUGCUAUGCAUGAUGGGUAUUAUGGCUUCAAAAUGGUUAAAUUUAAAGGCUGUUAAAAGAAUUUUACAUGCUCCAAUGUCAUAUCUCGAUACCACUCCGUUGGGUAGAAUCUUAAACAGAUUCACCAAGGAUACCGACAGUUUGGAUAAUGAAUUAACUGAAAAUAUUCGUUUAAUGAUGUCACAAUUCGCUAACAUCAUAGGUGUUUGUGUUUUAUGCAUAGUUUACCUACCUUGGUUUGCCAUCGCAAUACCAUUCUUAUUGCUCGUUUUUGUAUUAAUAGCUGAUCAUUAUCAGAGUGCUGGAAGAGAAAUCAAAAGACUGGAAGCUAUUCAAAGAUCUUUUGUGUAUAACAACCUUAUUGAGGUUUUGGGUGGUAUGGAUACGAUUAAAGCCUAUAAAAGUCAGGACAGAUAUAUGACCAAGAUGGACUUCUUGAUCAAUAAAAUGAACGAAGUAAGUUAUAUGGUUGUAUCAGUACAGAGAUGGGUUGCCAUUUUUCUUGACAUGAUUGCUGUUGCAUUUGCUUUAAUUAUCUCUUUGCUAUGUGUUACUAGACAAUUCCACAUAUCUCCAUCAGCUGUGGGUGUUUUGCUGACCUAUGUAUUACAAUUACCUGGUCUAUUAAACACUGUCUUACGUGCUCUUACUCAAACUGAAAAUGAUAUGAAUAGUGCAGAAAGAUUAGUAACAUAUGCAACUGAAUUACCCCAAGAAGCUGCCUAUAGAAAAUCGGAUUACUCCCCACCAGAUAAUUGGCCUACUAAUGGUGAAGUGAUAUUUGAAGAUGUAAGCUUCGCUUAUAGGCCAGGUCUACCAACUGUUCUGAAAAAUGUGAACUUAUCAAUUGCAGGUGGGGAAAAAAUUGGUAUUUGUGGUAGAACAGGUGCUGGUAAAUCUACUAUUAUGACAGCUUUGUACAGGCUGAAUGAGCUUACAAGUGGUAGGAUAUUCAUUGACGGAAUUGACACUUUUAAGUUAGGUUUGUAUGACUUGCGUAGAAAGCUGUCUAUUAUACCCCAAGACCCCGUUUUAUUUAGAGGUACUAUUAGAAAGAAUUUGGAUCCCUUCAAUGAAUUUUCCGAUGAUUCCUUGUGGAACUCAUUGAUUAGAGGUGGUGCAAUUGAAAAGGAUGAUUUGGAGGAUAUUAAACAUCAAAAACCUGAUAAGAAUGGUUCUUACAAUAAUAUGCACAAAUUUCAUCUUGAUCAAAUUGUCGAAGAAGAUGGUGCAAACUUUUCUCUAGGUGAAAGACAAGUACUAGCAUUAACAAGGGCAUUAGUUAGACAAUCUAAGAUUCUAAUUUUAGAUGAGGCUACAUCUUCUGUUGAUUACGAGACUGAUGGAAAAAUCCAAACUCGUAUUGCUACAGAAUUCCAGGACUGUACAAUCCUAUGUAUUGCGCACAGGUUGAAAACCAUUUUAAAUUAUGAUCGUAUUCUAGUUUUGGAGAAGGGUGAGGUAGCAGAAUUCGAUAAACCUGAAAUUUUAUUCAAUAAUGAAAAAAGUAUUUUCAGAAGUAUGUGUGACAGAUCUGGCAUAACUGUAGAUGACUUUCCAAAAAAAUAG